CUAUUAAAAAAACACCAAAGUUAAAGAUUACAAAAACCAUGAUAGGAUAUACAGAAAUGAUAGUUACAGUACUUUGUCCGAUUAUCAUUCUAUGGAUAUGGUGGCGGAACAGAACCUCAGUUCUUUCAAGCUGGCCUUUGGUCGGAAUGCUUCGAGGUCCGUUACGAAACAUGGUCUGUGUUCAUGAUUUAGCCACUCAAAUACUUCGCCAGAGCGGCGGGACAUUUGUGUUCGAGGGACCAUGGUUCACCGGCAUGAAUUUCUUGAUGACUAGUGAUCCUAUCAAUGUUCAGUACAUUUCAACUAAGAAUUUCAACAACUACCAUAAAGGAUCCGAUUUCAAAGAAAUGUUUGAUCCACUCGGCGAAGGGAUUUUCAACGUUGAUUCGGAGAAUUGGAGAAAUCAAAGGAGGAUUAUUCAUUCUUUAUUCAAGAACAAGAGGUUCAUUGUUGCUGUUGAAAAAACUAUGGAGGUGAAAAUCUUGAAAGGUGUGUUGGUAGUUCUUGAAAAUGCUUCAAACCUAGAAAUUGAAGUAGACAUGCAAGAUAUAUUUCAAAGAUUCACGUUUGAUUGUUUUUGCAAGUUGGUUUUAAGCAUUGAUCCGAAUUCUCUGUCUGUUGAAUUCCCUAAUCUUCCAUUUGAGAAAGCGUUUAACGAGAUCGAAGAAGUAGUUCUUUACAGGCACCUCGUCCCAACAAGCUUUUGGAAGUUGCAGAGAUGGCUCAACAUAGGAAAAGAGAAGAGAUUGAAAAAAGCUUUAAACAGUUUCGAUCAGUUUAUAGAGCAAUGCAUUCAAAGAAAAAUUGAGGAAUUAUCUGAUAUUCACAAAAACCAAAUAGAUGAUGAUCACUUCGACUUACUAACAUCUUUUUUGGUGGAAGACAAGGAAGAAGAUGAUGUAACCAAAUCAACAAAAUUUAUACGAGACACAGCAACGAGUCUACUCGUAGCUGGACGAGACACAAUCGGAGCUGCGCUAGCUUGGUUCUUUUGGCUAGUAGGGACACACCCAUUUGUGGAAAAAAAGAUAGUAGACGAGCUCAAAGCAAACCUUGAGCCACAAGUAACUAAUACAAUUAGGGUUUUCAAGAUUGAAGAACUGAACAAACUAGUGUAUCUCCAUGCAGUUAUAUGCGAGACACUUAGAUUGUACCCAUCGAUUCCUUUCGAGCACAAAAUGUGUAUGGAACCGGAUGUUCUUCCGAGCGGGCAUCGUGUUCCGAGCAAGAUGAGGGUUUUGUAUAUUUUGUAUACGAUGGGAAGGAUGGAAGAGAUAUGGGGUGAAGAUUGCUUGGAGUUCAAGCCGGAGAGAUGGAUUUCGGAGGAGGGAGAGAUAAAACACGUACCGUCUUCUAAGUUUAUUGCAUUCAAUGCAGGACCGAGGAGUUGUUUAGGAAAGGACAUGACGUUUUUGCAGAUGAAAAUAGUUGCAUCGGCUAUUUUAUGGAAUUAUUGUGUUCAAGUAGUGGAAAAUCAUCCGGUUGUUCCGAGUAAUUCUGUCAUACUUAGUAUGAAAUAUGGUUUGAAAGUUAGGGUUUCUAAACGAUGAACUUAUUGAACAGGAGGAAAUCAUAGCUAGAAACAUGCCAAUUAAUAAGUUAAUAUAUGUUUGGAGAUUUCUCCAUUUAUGUUCUGCCUUCUUAAAUUCUUAUUAUGACAAAUUACUCUUAGUUUCUAAAA